CGCGUGUGAGCCCGACAGAGUAGGCCAGUUUUCUUGGGGGUCGGCUACAUUAGCGUACAUGUAUCGCCAGUUAGGAUUCUCGAGCCGGGCUGAUGCGGCAGGUAUCACUGGAUGUAUGACGUUGUUACAGACGUGGAUAUACGAGUAUUUCCCGGCGUUUCGACCACACCGCGACCCGGUUCCUAUUGGGGAUGGCCAGCCACGUGCCUGUGCGUGGAGUCCGCGUGUCGAGAAGAAGUCCAUUGACCGCCUGCGAUCGAUACGGUUAUUGCUUGACAGGAUGUCCCCAUUAGAGGUGAACUGGAUGCCUUUCGGCCAGAACCCUAGUAAUAGGGUACCCAGGACCCUCUACACGGGACUGAUUCAGUAUCGUGAGAUCGUAGAGGCGUACAUGCCGCAGCGCUGUCUUCGCCAGCUUGGAUAUGUCCAAGUUGUUCCUCCUCCACCAGCAUGGCCCAGUAAGGCCGUCCGAUCUGCGUCGUUGAAGGAGUACGUCGUCCAAUGGCCGGCAAGCAUGAUUGGCACGUGGGAGCAGUUUCCGAUGGUUGCCCGCAUAUGGAUUGAGCAGUUGCAGCGGCCGCCAACUGGGGUGGCUGCCAUGUGUGACCAGCACUACAUGGAGUGGUACAACCGGCACUCGCACCCGAGGUUGAUCAGAGACAUCCACCACGGCGACGACGCCGAUGAUGAUGAUGUGCCACCGCCCACUGCCGUGGAUGCGUGGAUGGGAAAGAUGACGCAGUUGGGACACAGACUUUUUGAGGAGAGGGACAACAUGACGACUGCAACAGGCAGAGCUGUUAUUGAUGAACUGGAACGGGCCCUUGAGCAGUGGCAGUGGGCGUCACAGAGAGAUUAUUGAUAUGUCGGCAGUGCAUUUAUAAAACAUUUUCCUAGUUGUUUGUAAAAGUUAACAUUAUCUGUUCUUAUAAUUAUUAUUUUAAGUUCUUAGAAUUUGACAUUA